AUGUACGCCUGUCAUUUGGAAGCACAGCGAAGCCUUGCAGUGCGUUACAUAUCAUUUCUGGCAGCGCGCAGCCACUCGCAGCCGCCCCAGAAAAUUCCAAGCAAGUGGCUGCAAGUGGCCACCCGAGAAUAUUCCAAGCGAGUGGGUGCCUUCUAUGAAGGCCAGCUAGAGGAACAGGAGGGUGCCAUGUGGAGGAUGAAGGUUGGUUCCGCCAGGGCCUUGGUCACAGCAGCGAAGCUUCGAGCGCCAACGGUGGGGCAAAAGUUGUGGGUCAGAAUUCUGGCCGCUGAUCUUAAACCGCCCAGACUGGCCUUUGCGCGUGUGCUGAAUUGGGAGGAGAAGCAGAAAGACACGAAGGAACUGCAGCAACAGGUGGAGUUGCAAACGCCCAUGCCCCGUGUGGGUUUUUUGGUUCGAGGGCGUUGGCUGGGACCUUCCUUCCGCGCAGUGAACGAGCGGACCAAGGUGGACCCAAGAAGGCUGAAGGCAGUGGCUCAGCGGGUGGAAGAUGAUGAUGUCAUGGUGGAGCUCCAGGAGAUCCCUUGUCUUGGUAUUAUCAAGUCCAGCAGCAUCAUUGCCUGUAAGGAGAUGGAUCCAGCCAAACUGGAAGGUCAUGUCACAACAUUUCCCACCACCAACAUCCUGGGAAUAGGUCUGAGCGCUUUUGUGGAGUUGAGGAUGCCCACCAUUGCUUUGGAGCGGCUACAGACAGGGGAUAUGUUGGAAGGCAUGCUAGAUCGGCUGCUCAGCGACAAGAGACAAGCCAACCUGGGCGAUGAAUGGAUCAUACACCUCAACUGCGAGCAUCGACGUCAAUCCGUGGAGGGCCGUUGGCGUCUCGAGACACCUGCGGAUCUGAGACUCAACAGGGUUUUGCGCAAAGGAAGUCGCAUAUGCAACCUCAAGGUCCUCAGCAUCGACCCGACACAGAAGCGCGUGCAGUUGAGCCCCACGGAAGGAGAGGUGGUGCAGUUGCAGAACAACCAGGUGCUUCAGGGUAUCGUGGGGAAGAUCUUUGAGUAUGGCAUUUUCUUCGAAGUCGGAUGCAGGAAGCGGGUCCUCUGCAGAUCCUGCCAUUUACUGCGGCCUGUAGACGAGUAUUCCGAGGGCCAAGUGGUAAGGCGGCUCUUUGUAUUCCAGACCAGCGCCAUGUCCUUGCCGCAGCUCUGUGAAGGUGGUGCUCCAGCCAGAUUGCAACCCCUUGGAGGGGCCAUGGAGGCCUUUGGAGUGGAAGAACAGGUCUCGCUCUUGGGAUGGGUGGUCUGCCUGUUGCCCUACGGCCUAGUGAUCGAACUCCAGGACGUGGAGCGGGACGCCUUUUGCAAAGAGACCAAUUUGUUGAAAGCUCUGCAGGCUUACUCUGUGGGAGAUGAGCUGAACUUCAAGGUGUUGACUGCCAGCUUUGUGGGGGACAUUGAAGUCCAGGAAGUGACUGCGGCGAACACCUCAAUUUCGGACUGCGGCGAAAACGGCUUGGGGCAGCCUGCAGCCGGCGCGGGUAGGGAGGACCGUGAGUUGCUUGCAGACAGCGUGCUCAAGGCUGCCUGGGUCAACUGCCGAGCUCCGUUGCUGGCCCGCUAUGACAUGGUGGACAGCACUCCGCCCGAGUGGAUCCAAGCCUAUGAGGAAUCUCAGCGCAAGCUGCCAGUCUCCGCAGUGGAUGCGGCUGAAGCGAGAUUGAUUCAGUUCGGAUACCAACCGGAUGCGUGA